AUGAUCAAUGCCAUCUGGGGUCUACCAAGACUUACCCAUUGUCAUUUAUAUAUAGAUUUUCAUCAAAAUGAACGAUUGUUUCCUAGAUUAAAUACGAUCUCAUCAUCACUUGAAUAUCUUUCUGUCGGAAAGUUCAGUUUGUAUUUGAGUAAAUUAGAUCAUCUAUUUCAACAUACACCUCAUCUGCAACAUUUUUAUGUACGUUUGUUCGAUGAUGAAUUCGAUCAACCAUUAUCAUGUUCUAUUCCAUUGAUGAUAACGUUGAAACUUAUUAUUCAAAAUUCGUUAUAUCAAUUAGACAAUUUUUUACAAAACUUGCCCAAUUUAUGUCAUUUGACAGUCGAGACAUUUGAUAUCGACUUGGAUGGACAACAAUGGGAACAAAUAAUAAUUGAUCAUUUACCCAAACUUGAAACCUUUCAACUUAAAAUGCAUAUUAAACUCGAAGAUGAUGAUGAUAAGCAACUAAAAAUCGAUAAAUUAAUUGCUUCAUUUCAAAGUUCGUUCUGGCUUGAUGAACAUCAAUGGUUUGUCCGAUGUCACUAUGUUGAAGAAUGUUGUCUAAAUAGUAUUAUACUCUACACAUUACCAUAUGCAUUUGGCUAUUUUGAUCCUAUAGUCAAGAUCUCAUCGAAAUCUACUUGUCCACAUGAAAAUGAUUAUUGGUCUUAUAAUCGCGUACAUAGUUUGAUCUAUCGUACUCCCAUAAUUCGAGAAUCAACUUUAUGUAAAAUUGCUUUUCCCAAUAUUCAUCAUCUUCGUCUCAGUCUUCCUUCAAAUGAUCAGUUUUGGUCGGUCAUUACUACACUCGAUCAAUUGAUUUCACUUGAUCUAGCACUGCACGAUGAUGACUACAAUAAUAAUGAUGUUCGAUCUCAAUUGCAAGUCGUUCUCGAUCGAGCCCCUCGUCUCUACUCCUUAGCUUUCAGGUCGUGGUCAGAUUCUCAAAUGUGUCUUGUUGACAAUAGAAGUUUGUCAGUUCGUCGACUUGAUUUACAAGGAUAUGAUGAAGAUUGGCUUGUGGAGCGAUGGUUCAACGAUGAAGAGUGUGCUAAAUUGUGUUGCUCAUCACUAGGUAUUCAAUGUGAAGUACUUCUUAUUCGAGUUGAAGAUCGUGCAACUAUCCUUGAUCUUGUCAAUAGAAUGACAAAUCUUCGAGCAUUAAAUAUUAAGUGUCGAGAUGAUCCAUUCAAUGAAACCAAUGAUCAAUCAUCAUCCACUGAAGAUGAACUUGUCAAAUGUAUUGAUCAAAAUGAAUUUCGUAAUUGGAUUUCAAAUGCAGAAGGAUUAAAUUCUGCAUCGUAUGAAACAUCAACUAAUGGACUUAUUCUUCAUGAUAAUGUUACUAAUUGUAUUGGCGGAAAUGAAUAUAGUUUUAGUUCUCAAAAUGCUUUUGAAUCGACGGCUGACAUAAAUACUUCAUAUGGAUUGCCGACAGCAUCCGGUGAAUUGUUUGGUGAUACAGCGAUUCAUACAAGUAGUGUACACCAACCCAACCAAUAUCUUUCACAAUCAGCCAAAAAUAUUUAUUUUGAUCCUGAUCCACAAAUCGUUCGACGGGCAACAACUGAAGGUCCGAUAAUAUAUCAACAAAAAAUUCUUGUUCGAUUUCUUCAACCACCAGCUAUUCCAUCACCAGGACCACUUAUUAUUAAAGAAGUGCGUCCAGUACAGCCACCUCCACCCCUACCACUUAUUGUACGUCAACGUGCACAACCUCUUCCUCCACCAUCUCCACUUAUCUUACGUGAACGUCCACCAAUACCACCGACAAUAAUUGCUAGUCAAACAAUUAUUCGCCGUUUACCUGCUAGACCUGUUCCACCACGAUCAGUUAUUAUUGAACGUAUUCCACCUCCUCCACAAAAACCACGUGAUAUCAUAAUUGAACGAUGGAUUCCCUAUGGGUCUCAACCAAAACGUCGUACUAUUGUUCAACGUGCUCCUGCUGCUGUACCAUAUCCACAACCACGUAAUAUUGUCGUUGUUUAUGAAGCUGCUCAAGCACAUAUAAUACGACAAUUUAAAAAACUUCGCGUAAUUCAAGAAAAUCCUCAAGCUUAUAUAGCUCGUUAUGGGCCAUCACUUUUAGAUUCUGCAACACUUAUUCAAGAGGCUCGUAACGCUGGUGUUGUUGAAGAUAUCUCGCCUCCUGCAAUACCAUCUUCAAUAUAUAUUGGUGCAAGUGGAAAUCCUGUCGAUUUUGAUCUGUCAAACACAACAGCUGGUCAAAAUUUUUCAUCAUUAGGUGCAACUGUUUUCGAUGGAAUUCAACUAGUUGAUGAUAGUGCUUUAGUUGGCAGUGUUAAUAUAGCUAAAGGUGAAUUUGAUGUAGAUGGUACAAGUUUUACUACUACUGCUGAUAUUAACCAUGAUGGACAAUUAAAUCAAACAGAAUUUCAACGAUUUAUUCAAAGUCAUAUUUAA